UAAAAUUAAAGUGGAACAAGGCGUGUUGCAAGGGAAGGAGUCUAUUUCGUGUUAUGGAAAGAAAUAUUACAGUUUUGAAGGGAUACCUUACGCUAAACCUCCAGUUGGGAAGCUAAGGUUUCGGGACCCGCAAAAACCAGACAGCUGGUCUGGUAUACUGGAUGCAACAAAACCAGGCCCAAAAUGCAGUCAAAUGAAUCCAUUAUCCGGAAAGGGGGUGGAAGGAUCCGAAGAUUGUCUAUACCUAAACGUGUACACGCCGAGUUUGCCACAAGAAGAAUUAGAAAAACUUCCAGUGAUAUUCUUUGUCCAUGGCGGCAGUUAUCUUCUUGGUCAUGGAGACUAUUACAGACCUGACUACUACAUAGAUAAGGAUGUUGUUUUGGUAACCAUAAACUAUAGACUUCACAUACUUGGAUUCUUAUGCCUUCAUACCGAAAAUGUACCAGGAAAUGCUGCAUUUAAAGAUACAAUAAUGGCUUUAAAAUGGGUUAAAAAUAACAUAAAAUACUUUAACGGUGAUGAGAACAACGUAACAGCGUUUGGGGACAGUGCGGGAGGUGGUGUAACGGCAUCGUAUACUGUUACGAAAAUGACAGACGGUCUUGUUCACAAAAUAAUCACACAAUCUGGAGUUUGUAUUUCUGAUUUGUUGUUUAUCGAAGAAGAUCCUAUAGCAAAGGCUAAACAAGUAGCUAAUCUUCUUGGCAAAGACCUAAAGGACAUUAAUGAAUUAUAUGAAUUUCUCCUAAAUGAGCCAGUUGAAAAUUUAGUAUCAGCUGUUAUGACAAUUGAAAUGGCAAGACCACCGUAUAUUAUAAAUUGUUAUUUCUUACCCGUCGUCGAAAAAAAAUUCGACCACGUCGAGCCGUGUAUCGAAGAAUUCCCUCUAGUUACUAUACUGAAAAACAAUCAUAAAAAGCUACCAUUUUUGACAGGUGUAACCUCUCACGACGGCGCUUUGUUUGCUCAAAAAGAUAGCGAUGGAAAUAUAUCAUAUGUUGAGGACACACAAAGAUUUAUUCCGAGAUUUCUGUCCUUGCCACAUGACAGUCCCAAAUCAAAGAAACUUGGUAGAGCAUUGCAUGAGUUUUACUUUAAAAACGAACCAAUAAAUGACAACAAAAAAGAAGAAUACGUUAACUUCCUAUCAGACGCUUACUUCAUUCGAGAUGCGAUACAAAUUUGCGAACUAUACAACUAUGAAAAUGUGUAUAUGUAUAAUUUUCGUUAUUCUGGCAAUAUGAGUACGAGAAUAAUGAAGAAUCUCGGCAUAAAGGGAGCGACUCACGGAGACAUAGUUCAAUAUCAAUUUUAUAGGAAAAGCAAACACGAGAAACGUGACGCAAACGAUGAGAACAUUAUUAAAUUUCUAAGCGAAGCUUGGUGUAGUUUUGCCAAAAAUGGAAUACCAACAUGGUCGAACCAGCGUACAAAAUGGCUGCCUUACAACCGAGACACCCAUCUCUGCCUAAACAUAGAUCAAGAAUUGACUCUCACGCAGCACCCCCAUUGGGAAAGAAUCAAAUUCUGGUUGGAUAAUAUGGGUGAAAGGUCUAAAUUAUAAGUUAUUCUAGUCAAAUUUACAGGUGUCACGUAAUUAAUAGAAAAAAAUAUGCAUCUAAGGUGUUUUUGUACUUCAACCUAUUAUGAUGAAUUCCAACGUACUGUAAGACCCCAUACGACCCAUUCACAUCGUACGCAUUUGUACCUAUACACAACCCUUGCAUGUAAAGUCCCUUACCUACCCGCGUUGUGUCAGUGUGGUGGAUCUUGUCCAAGAUCCUCUACUUGAAUGAGCGGGACAGCCCCAUAUCUACAUUAGUUUUGAUUGUAGUGACCCUCCCUCCCUACCCUUAGUACCGACCACCCUUAGGGUAUACGAGAAGGGCACUAUAAACUAUGAACUCACAGGAACCUUACAAGUUCAGGUUCCGACCCCAGAUCAGACAGUGUACAAGGUUGUCACAGACCCUCUCACCCUCAGUACAGACAUGUCUUGUUCAACCACAGCAUUCGGUUCCGCACAACUGCACGCGGCGGGUAACGUUAAUUUCACCUCUCUGAGCGCGUGCUUAGAUUCCUUUUUCCUAGUAGUGAACAUCUGAUGUUAUUAGUCAGAUUAAAUAGGCUAUUAUGGCAUGGGUGUUUUCUAUUCGUAUCAGCCUUAUAUUCGUAUCUGAAUAUCCGCCAUUCAAUGCCGUGUGAAAGGGGUCUUACGUUGCGCAUUAAUGCGAAGCCCCUAUUACUUACCAGAAUGUAGAAAUUAAUUGUUAUUAAUGUAUUAUUAAGUUAUUACUUAUUCGUCUAAGUAUGAUAUUGGUGGUUUUUGUGAACAAAUAACAUAUAUUUGGUGUUUUUAAUUAUUGUUUUGAUUCUACUCGCUUACCUAUCAUAUCCCGCAAUCUAUUGGAUUGUUGAAUGAAAUUAAAUACAUGUUGUUAAAUAGAUGAUGAUAUUUAUUUUUAAGUAAUUUUCUAGAAUAAAACUGCCGCUUGUUCGUUUUUUAUAAGUAUAUUUUUCGAAAAGUUGUCUAAAAUCACAUUUUUCUAUUAAUUAUGUAAAGAGUUCAUAUUAUCUCAAGCACACGCAGAGUCCCGGGUUCGAUUCCAAUAUAUUUUUUGUAGUCCCGCCAAAAUUACA